GCCACCCUCUGCAUCAACUCAACAGAUCCUCCAGUGGUAACUCCAUACACCUGUGUUGUUGGUGUAUAAAAAGUAGACACCAUGAGUCCUAAACAUGUUGUCUUCAAGAAGCUCUCCAGGGACAAGUCUGUGGGUGUUUAUAUGGCAAAGAGAGACUUUGUGGAUCAUUGUGACUCUGUGGACCCUGUAGAUGGAGUUGUAUUGGUCGAUCCGGAACAAGUAAAAGGCAAAAAAGUGUUCGUGAUGCUAUCAUGCACAUUCCGUUAUGGGAGGGACGACAUGGAUGUGAUGGGUAUAGGAUUUCGGCGGGACAUCUUCCUGACUACGCGACAGGUGUACCCGCCCCUUGAAGACAGGGAGCGGAGCACACACACCCAAAUGCAGGAGAAACUCCUGCGCAAACUCGGGCAUGAUGCCUACCCAUUCUUCUUCGAGUUUCCAGACAACCUGCCCUGCUCAGUUUGCCUUAAGCCUGGAUCCAAUGAUGUUGGAAAGCACUGUGCAGUGGAGUUUGAGGUGAAGGCUUUCUGUGGAGAAACCCAGGAUGAGAAGGCCCAAAAGAGGAGCUCAGUGCGUUUGGCCAUUAGGAAGAUCCAGUAUGCCCCUGAAGCAGGUUCAGAGCCCCCUGUUGGUGAGACCACCUGUGAGUUUGUCAUGUCUGAGAAACCCCUGCACAUGAAGGUCCAACUGGACAAAGACACAUACUACCAUGGGGAGCCAAUCAACAUCCAUGUGGACAUUAGCAAUAGCUCUGGCAAAGAUGUCAAAGACCUUUCCGUUUCAGUGGAACAGGUGACCCAAGUGGUGCUCUACUCCAAUGACAAAUAUGUGAAGUCAGUGGCGGCGUCUGAGGAGAACAAAAACGUGAUUCCUGCGGGCACCUCAUUUAAGAAGAGCUAUACGCUCGUGCCACUGCUGGCCAAUGCCCGCGAGAGGCGGGGGCUGGCACUGGAUGGCAAGCUGAAGCAUGAGGACACCAACCUCGCCUCCUCCAGCAUUGUGAAGGAAGAGGUGCUGAAGGAGGUCCUGGGGAUGCUGGUGUCCUACAGAGUGGCUGUCAGAGUGCUGGCUGCAGGGUUAAUUGGAUCAAGUGAGGUCGCUGUGGAGGUGCCAUUCCGACUCAUGCACCCCAAACCUGACCCAGAGAAAGAGAGUGAGGGAGAUCUUGAGUUUCAGGAGUUCAAGCGCGUCUACCUGAAGGGCAUCAUCGGGGAGGAGGAGGACUCCCCUGCCGAGGGCUGAGAAACACGGGCACUGGUUGGGGCGUGGGGGUGUGGGGGUAUCAGGCACAGGAGCUCGGCAUCUCCACCUGGCGCACCUCACUGCCCCCUCAUCCCCACCUCGGACAGAAAGACGUCGACCGUCUCAGGAGUCGACCUAGAAAGGAGUCUGCUGAAAAACAGUCUGGACCUGCUGAGAGUAAUAUGCUUCCAUAGCCAGCUGUACAGUACAUGGUGUCUAGGUAGCCAUAGGUCUAAUACUGUCUGACGCUCAGCAGAGGUUGAUGUGUGUGAUCCACAAUACAUCUUGGGAGAGAAACGUCUUCAUUAGAGGGCCAGAGGUUUUUGGACAAAGCAGUUGGUCUUAUUCACCAUCCUGCUGCAGCCAACCACACCCCAGAACCUGAAUAAUGGGCAGCCGUGGCCUACUGGUUAGCACUUCGGACCUGUAACCGGAGGGUUGCCGGUUCGAACCCCGACCAGUAGUGCUGAAGUGCCCUUGAGCAAGGCACCUAACCCCUCACUGCUCCCCAAACGCCGCUGUUGUUGCAGGCAUCUUGGACAUUAUAUACUUAGUUUGGUACUUUACUCGAAGAGGAAUAUCACAUAGGGCUCAUGUAUUGUAACUGAAAUGUUUCUUCUUUUCUUCAAAAAAUAGUGUACUGAAAUUGUUGACAUUCAUGAUAUAAACUAUUUGAUUACUUA